AUGGACACAGAGUACACAGAGUACACAGCAAACUAUCCACUACGUCUGCAAGAAUCUAGUCUCCUCUUCAACAUUAUCACCCUCCUGGCCACAACAGAAUCUUUCGAUCCCCAGUUUUCAUUGUGUAGUGUCAUGGCCAGCAAGCAGGUGGACAAAAAGCACAAUGGAUGCUUCAUCUCUGCCUCUGUCAUGCUUCCUCCGGCCUCUCGCCCUGUUAUUAUGUCCAGCAAUCCUCCUCAGAUACCAGUGUUGGUGGACCUUCCUGGAGUGGGCAGCAAUCUACAGGACCAUCCAGCUGUCGUCGGCCUCUCGUGGACUGUCAAGCCAGGAUCUGCUUCCCGCUUAUUGGAUCUCAUCAAUCCCGCACACAUUAGAAAUUACAUCCAGAACAGACAAGGUCCUUUAACGAAUCCAUUGGCCGUGGAGGGAUAUGCUUGGGGCCUAGACGAAGAAGGUGACCCGUACUGGCCAGAGUUUCAAUAUCUCUUCUUUUCUGGCACUCCAGCGGCCGACGCUGGACUGGUGCUUACUGAUCUCCUGGGCUUCAGGAGAGAUUUCUUCCAGCAGUAUUUUGGGCCUAUAAAGGGGAAGGAUGGGUUCAACAUUUUACCUCUGUUGGCUCGACAAAAGAGCCGAGGGACUGUACGGCUGAGGUCUGGCGACCCUCACGAGUCCCCUCUCAUUGACCCCAACUUCCUCAGUCACCCUGAUGAUGUUGCUGCCUUUAUACGUGGUAAGUACAUGAGAGUACGAGAGCACAUGAGAGUGUUGCCAGGAUGUGAGAGAGAGGUGUAUGGAUCUGACAGCUACUGGGCAUGUUAUACACGGCACACAGCCAAAACUAUGUAUCACCCGGCUGGUACCUGUAAGAUGGCCCCGUCUUCUGACCCUCUGGGCGUUGUGGACCAUACUCUCAAGUUACGAGGCGUGAGAGGGGUACGGGUAGUCGAUGCUUCUAUCAUGCCCCAGAUCGUGACGGGCAACCUGAAUGCCCCAACUAUCAUGAUUGGUGAGAGAGCUGCUGAUCUUAUCAAGCAAGAUUGGGGAAUCUUGAUCUAAGUCUUGCAAUAAUAUUGCAAGGAUCCCAUUACAAAUACGUCACUUGAACUUGACUGGGUUUUAAGGGGUAAUUUAACGUUUUGUUGAUGUGUAAAUCAAUUGUAGAAAUGUAAGUUUGUGAAAGAUAUGUGAAAAAAUCUUAUUACAUGAUCAGCCGGGCUGUGGUUCAUAUGUCGGUUUACGUGCGGCCAGCAGUGACAGCCUGGUUGAUCAGGCUCUGAUCCACCACGAGGCCUGGUCACGGACCGGGCUGCGGGUAUACCGUAGUACAUGUAAGAGAUUAUCAUGAUAUAAAAAAUAAGAAAUAAAAUCUCACAGUGCUUAUACACCGAUAAUUUAUUUAAAUCCCAAUUUAUGGUAUUAAA